UAUGGUUGAUUGGACAUUUGGGGACAUAAGAAAAUAUGAAUGGCCAUACUGGUUCAGACCAAAGGUCCACCCAGCCCAGUAUCCUGUCCUCUUGACAGUGGCCAAUGCCAGGUGCCCCAGAGGGAGUGAACCUAACAGCCCCUCGCCCAGCGCCCCGUGUGCAGAGGAAAUGGCCACUGAGCAGCUGAUGGGCCCCACGGAGGAGCAGCUGGAGAUCCUGGAGUAUAACUUCAGCAAGGUCAACAAGCACCCGGACCCCACCACCCUGUGCCUCAUCGCCGCCGAGGCGGGGCUGUCCGAGGAGGAGACCCUGUGUCCUCCAGUCAGUAGUCAGACACCAGAGAGACUACUGCUGAAGUGCAAAGUGGUGACUGGUCAACUGUUUGGGACAGGACGUGACAAACAGUGCAUCUAAGUGAACUGACAGGGAGAAAUUUAAGUAGAUAUUUACCAGGCUGGAGUUGGGCCAAGAUAUCCCUGUUAAUGAUGCUACAAUGCUCUUAGGAAAAGUGUUGUGGCACUGGUGUCUCUAGUGACCACAACAGCUCCAAAAACAACUGCUAACAGCAAAAUAGUAGAUCACAGGCGUAGGAGUGCUGUGCGUAUUCGCAGAUGGAGAGCAACAUUGUACUUAUAGGCCAUCAUGUGCCAGCAAUGCCCCUCUGCCAUGUACAUUGACCAAACCGGACAGUCCCUACGCAAAAGAAUCAAUGGACACAAAUCAGACAUCAAGAAUUAUAACAUUCAAAAACAAGUCGGAGAACACUUCAACCUCCCUGGUCACUCAAUUACAGACCUAAAAGUCACAAUUCUUCAACAAAAAAACUUCAAAAACAGACUCCAACGAGAAACUACAGAACUGGAAUUAAUUUGCAGACUGGACACCAUUAAAUUAGGCUUGAAUAAGGACUGGCAGUGGAUGGGUCAUUACACAAAGUAAAAUCUAUUUCCCCAUGCUAAUUUUCCCCCUAUUGUUACUCACACCUGAUUGUCAACUGUUUGAAAUGGGCCAUCCUGAUUAUCACUACAAAAGUUUUUCUCCUGCUGAUAAUAGCCCACCUUAAUUGUGUCCAGUUUUGGGCCCCACACUACAAGAAGGUUGUGGAAAAAUUGGAAAACAUCCAGCGGAGGGCAACAAAAAUGAUUAGGGGACUGGAACACAUGAUUUAUGAGGAGAGGCUGAGGGAACUGGGAUUGUUUAGUCUGCAGAAGAGAAGAAUAAGGGGGGGAUUGAUAGCUGCUUUCAACUACUUGAAAGGGGGUUCCAAAGAGGAUGGCUCUAGACUGUUCUCAGUGGUAGCAGAUGACAGAACAAGGAGUAAUGGUCUCAAGUUGCAGUGGGGGAGGUUUAGUUUGGAUUUGAGGAAAAACUUUUUCACUAGGAGGGUGGUGAAGCAUUGAAAUGGGUUACCUAGGGAAGUGGUUGAAUCUCCUUCCUUAGAGGUUUUUAAGGCCCGGCUUGCAAAGUCCUGGCUGGGAUGAUUUAGUUGGGGAUUGGUCCUGCUUUGAGUAGGGGGUUGGACCAGGUGACUUCUUGAGGUCCCUUCCAACCCUGAUAUUCUAUGAUUCUAUAAUUCUAUGAUUAAUCUUGUUAGAGUUGGUAUGGCAACCCCCAUUUUCUCAUGUUCUCUGUCUAUAUAUAUAUAUAUAUAUAUAUAUCUUCCUAUUGUAUUUUCCACUGCAUGCAUCUGAUGAAGUGGGCUUUAGACCACGAAAGCUUAUGCCCAAAUAAAUUUGUUAGUCUUUAAGGUGCCACAAGUACUCCUCGUUCAUUGUACUUUCCGUGUGGAUGACUUAUUUAAGCUGCUGGCUUUUUAUUGAAGGCACAUGGCAUUGUUGACAGUACACAUUUUCUUAUGUAAGUGUUAAAAGGUCGCAAAGGCAAACACUAAGGGAAUACAGCAGA